AUGAAUAUACUAAUAAGCCUUGGUAACGAUAUAAUAAAUAGUUUUAUAGGACAACAAAAGAAAGGAGAUAUAAGUAGAAUGUUUUUAGAGUAUUUUAAAAAAAAAAAUUAUUUUGAUGAAUGGAUUAAAAUAAGUUAUAUUAAUUCAUAUAUAAGUGAACAAAAUAAUAUUAUAUUAAUACAACCAAUUACCUCUAUUUUUGAUAUAAAUGGUAUAAGAAUAAAGAAUAUAUUAAAUUAUAUGAAUUAUAAUAAUGUUAUAAAAAAAAAUGUAUGUAUAAUAAUUCCUGAUAUAUAUAGACCUAUAGGAAAAUAUAAAAUAAAAACAUAUGUCAAAAUUCAUGAAAAGUUAGGUAGCGAUUUUUAUAAUAUUUUACAUGCAAAUAUAAUAAAUCAUUUAAAAGAUUAUAAUUAUAUGAACUUAUGUUUUGGUAUUCAUAAUAAUAUACAAAAUAAAGAUAUACCUACAAAUAAAUCUAUUCAAACUUAUUUUAAGGAAAAUAUAAAUGAACAAGAAAAUAAAAUUAUACAUAAAUCAUUUCAAUUAGCUAAUGAACAUUUACAUAAACUUAUUCUUAAUACAAAUAUUAUUACGACCAAUUUUAUCCAUCACAAACAAAAAUACCCAGCAAUGGAACCUCGAAAAAAUUUCAAAAAGGAUACAUCGAAGAGGAGAUACAUACUUGAUGUGUAUAAGCAUAUGUACAAAUGA